AGAGAAAAUGCUGCUGGCUUGUACAUUACAUUAGCUCUGUGUAAUAGUGAAUAAUUUUCUGGGUUAUGCAUAUUUAAUGCAUGUAUCUGAUGACAUAUCGCAGAUGUUUAUGGAUAGUAGGAGGUGCAUCAGCCUCGCCGGUUGGCUGGUUGGCUGGUUGGUUGAGAGACCAGGCUGGGACUGUACCAAACGCGGAAGUGACGCGCAAAGCUGCCAUCCAGGGACCUUUUCGGUAUUUACAGAAGACACCGUCCACCGCAUGCAGUCGUCUGGGAGCCAACCUCGACCUAUACACGGGCUGCCACGCAAAGAUCAAAGCCAUGGCUCCCUUGUCCUUACCCCUGUUUUCUCUUCUGAAGCACAAGGAGUGUCUGCAGAAGGCGAAUAUUUUCUGUAAUGUCUUACAAGGUUUACAGCACCGGACGUUCAGAUCUCGUUUAUGGAAACGGAAUUUCGGUGCGGUAUCUCAUGGAGUAGGUCAACUACUGUCACACCAACCUAGAGCCAAAAACUACGCAUCAUCUGUGUGUAGCAGCUCUGCAGACGGCCAGGACAUGACAGAGAAGCUGUGGUCUGUUUACAAUGAGACCAAAAGGCAGACUGAAGGUUUGAUCCCGGACAUAUCCACAAACUCGGUUGACCCUGACACCAUCUUUGCCAACAACGAGAUGAGCCUCCGAGACAUAGAGAUCUAUGGCUUCGACUACGACUACACCCUGGCGUUUUACUCCAGCCACCUCCACACUCUCAUCUUCAACAUAGCACGGGAUAUCCUCAUCACUAAACACAGGUAUCCAGAGGGUCUGCGAAAGUAUGAAUAUAUUCCCGAUUUUGCUGUAAGAGGACUUCACUAUGAUGUUCAGAAGGCACUGCUGAUGAAGAUUGAUGCUUUUCACUACAUCCAGCUGGGAACUGUAUACAGGGGUCUUCAUCCAGUCAGUGAUGAGGAAGUAAUUGCCAUGUAUGAAGGUUGUCACAUACCUCUAGAGAUCAUGAGCGACUUCUACGGCAAGAGUCAUCAUGGCCACUCCAUGAAACAGUUCAUGGACAUUUUCUCCCUGCCAGAGAUGACCCUCCUGUCCUGCGUCAAUGACUUCUUCAUGGGGCACAACAUUGACUAUGAGCCAGUCCAUCUGUACAAAGAUGUGAAGGAAGCCAUUAGAGAUGUUCACGUCAAGGGCAUUAUGUACCGAGCUGUGGAAGCAGAUAUUGGGAAAUACAUUUGCUAUGGCGAGCAAAGCCACGCUGUGCUGAAGAAGCUGUCAGAGCACGGAAAAAAGAUGUUCCUCAUUACCAAUAGCCCCUUUGACUUUGUGGACCAUGGGAUGAGGUACAUUGUGGGGAAGGACUGGAGGGACCUCUUUGAUGUUGUUAUUGUUCAAGCAGACAAACCUAGUUUCUUCAAUGACAGGAGAAAACCUUUCAGGCGAGUGACAGACAAAGGUGCGUUGCUGUGGGACAGGAUUCACAAACUGGAAAAAGGGCAAAUCUACAAACAGGGAAACCUUUAUGAGUUCCUGAGACUCACCGGCUGGAGAGGAUCCAAAGUGCUCUACUUUGGUGAUCACAUCUACAGUGACUUGGCAGAUCUGACGCUGAAGCACGGCUGGAGGACAGGCGCCAUCAUCCCUGAGCUGAGAAAGGAGAUCAAGAUCAUGAACACAGAGCAGUAUGUUCACAUGAUGACCUGGUUACAGGCACUGACUGGACUCAUCGAGCAGAUGCAGGUACACAGGGAUCCCGCAUCUCAAGCUGUCGUUGAAGAGUGGAUCAGAGAAAGAGAUGCCAUGAGGCCACAGACAAAGGACAUCUUCAACGCUCAAUUCGGGAGUCUCUUCCGGACUUACCACAACCCCACCUACUUCUCACGCCGACUGUCGCGCUUCGCUGACAUCUACAUGGCCUCCAUUAGCUGCCUGCUCAACUACGACUUCCAGCACACCUUUUUCCCUCGCCGCACUCCUCUGCAACACGAGUCCCCUUCUGGCCUGAACACUCCCCUUAGGGUCUGAGCAUCUCCUCACAGCUCCACAGGACCAAAGCAGAGUCCGAUUAGAGAGAUGAUCAGAGAAAGAGGAAGCUGACUUAAACAUAAGCGUGUUGUAAGUUUUGAGAUAUGUCGUUUUAGAAAAUGCACGGCACAUUUUAACUUAUGUACAACGGUAACAAUCAUGUAAAAUGUUGAUGUUUGAUUUAUUUAUUAAGCUUUAAACUAAUUAGUUAUGUAAAUCCUUUCAAAGAAUUAAGUGUGCUAAAGGGACAGUGGAUCUAGUGCUUUUUAAGCCAAAUGAAACAUGCAACAGAUUGUAUUUACUUUUUCAUUUUAAACCUGGAUACCUUGUAUUUUAUGUUAUUAAUAUUCACACAGACUUUGGAACAUUGAAUGUAUUGAUUGUUUCAGGUUUGUGUGUGUGUGUGUUUGUGUUUGUGUGUGUGUGUCUUUGUAUGUAUGAGAGAGAGAGGGGUAGUGAGAAAUGAGAUAAAUAUGAUGCACUUACACAGUCCAAGCAAUAGGGGGCAGUCACACAUUAAGUCUAUCAUGGUCUAUAUCUGUACUGUAGUAUUGAUUGUACAUCCUUUUAAAGAUUAUAUUUGCCUUUUCAUCAUUUGCAUCUAUAACACUGUAAGAAAACUGGUUAAAUGGGAAUACUGAGAUGUGACAUUUACAUCAUAAACUCAGUUGCCUUAAUCUCUUAUUCACAUUACUGCGAUGUAUAUUUUUGUAAUAGCCUAAUAUAAUUUAUGGUAAUCAAGCUUUUCAAAUGUUGCCAGGCAGCGUUUUCGUCAAUUUCAUCAUGAAUUGCACAUUGAUGUUCUGAGAUCUUUGAGUUUAAUUGUUUUAACCAUUUUUACACAACGCGGCCUGUAUGUCUCAUUUUAGCAGAUGGAAAAUGUUCACAUUUGUCAGGGAAAAAAAUGGAACAUCAUUGCUAUGUUUAGCACUAGUGUUGCUGUUUGAUCUGUGAAGGCAGCACUGAGUUUUGUCUUUAUGGGUUUAACACUUCUGCAAAAAAUGUGUGAACUGUGUUAUCAUGUGCAAGAUUGAAGGAUUCAGAUUGAUAUAUUUGAUAAACAAGCUGGAGCUUUUAAUAAUUUGGAAAAAGGAAAUUCUUAAACAGUGGCCACAACCCAGACCUCAUGGUUUUAUUUGUGUUUCUGUAGCUUUUAAUUUUUGUUGACUUUUUUUGCUUUUGGUGGA